AUGGCUCCAUUUACUUUUACACUCUUUGCACCAUAUAAUAAACAAGCAGCCUUAAGGCUAAAAAAUGCUAGUGUUCGAAUGUUUGGUGUUGAUAUUCUUAUGGAAAAAGAUGAGUCAAAUGGCUAUUUUCGAGCAACUGUAGAUUUAGCUGAUGGAAUUUUUCAUUAUCAAUUUAAAAUUCAAACAAAAUCAUGGUUUGAACAAGAACCAGAACCUGCAUUACCAAAUUAUGAUGAUGACGAAUAUAAAGAGAUGACUCAAGAAGAAAAACAAGAAAAAACUCAUGAAUUUAGUAAACUUAUUGAUGAAAUUCGUGAACGAAAUCGUCAACGUGAACUCGAAUCUACUUUUACAGAAAUUUGGUAUACAUUUGUUGAUCCCUAUGCUACUGAUGUUGAUGAACGUGGUACAGAUGAUGCACAUAAAGCUGUUGGUAUAUUAACAAUCAAAAAUGGCAAACGAAUUAUCGAUGAAUAUGAAUGGAAAUAUGAUAAUUGUUUCUUACCACCUGAUGAAGAACUUGUUAUUUAUGAAAUACAUGUUGGUGAUUUUUCUGGUGGAGAAAAUGACCAACAUGCCCGUGGUCAGUUUAAACAUGUUAGACAAAAAAUUGACUAUUUAAAAGAACUUGGUAUUAAUGCGAGGGGUAUGUAUUCAUUUUUUCUCGUAUCACUGCAUAUUUCUAUGUUUAUUCUAUUUAGAUAUAAUCCAAGAUAUUAUUUUGCUAUUGAAACAAGUUAUGGAACAACAGCUGAUUUAAAAGAAAUGAUUGAUGAAAUGCAUAAAAAUGGUAUUCGUGUCAUUUUAGAUGGUGUUUAUAAUCAUUGUGAUUGUUCAUCGCCAUUAACACAAAUAGAUCAUGAUUAUUGGUAUCAUCACAAUCCAAAAGACGUAACUAUGUCGUGGGGACCCGAAUGGAAUUAUAAUUUUUAUGAUUCAAAAUAUAAUAUUUGGCCAGCUCGUAAAUUUAUUGGUGAUUCAAUUCGUUAUAUGGUUGAAGAAUUUCAUAUUGAUGGUAUUCGUUUUGAUGCUGCACGACAAAUUCAAAAUUUUGAUUUUUUACAUUGGGUUGUUAAAGAAGCAAAAAAAGCAGCUGGACCUAAACCAUUCUAUUGCGUUGCAGAAUUUUUACCUGAUGAACCGUGUAUAACAAAUAUUGAUGGUCCUAUGGAUGGAUGUUGGCAUGAUAGUUUCUAUUGGAUAGUACGCGAUUUAUUACUUCAUGAUAAUACUGAUAUUGGUCGAUUAAAAUCUGUUAUUGAUUGUCGACAACAAGGAUAUUUAGGUGUUACAAAUGUAGUAAAUUAUAUUGGAAAUCAUGAUCAUGAUCGAAUGUUGGUUGAAUUAGGCAAAGAAAAAUGUAUAUUUGAUGAAGAAGCAUUUAAACGUAUUCGUCUUGGUGUUGUUCUUCAAAUGACAAGUAUUGGUAUUCCAAUGAUAUGGAUGGGAGAAGAAAUGGGAGAAUAUAAAGAAAAAACACCUGAUGUUGCCAAAAUUGAUUGGUCUUUAAUUGCUGAACGUGAAGAUAAUUCAAAUAACAUUAAUAAAAGUCUUCUUGCAUUUUAUCGUGGUUUAGUACGUUUACGUAAAGAAAAUAAAGCAUUUUUUCAAACAAAUCUUGAUUUUACUCAUGAAGAUCAUAAUGCAAAAGUGUUAGCUUAUCAACGAUGGGCUAAUUCAGGUGAACGUGUUGUUGUUGUUGUGAAUUUAUCUGGUCAUUUUCUCACUCAUUAUCCUGUACCAAAUAUGCCUACUAAUGGUUGGUGGCAUGAAUGGACAUUUAAUUAUGAUGUUAAAGUUGAUUAUAACGAGGUACAUCUUGAUUUAGCUGAACGUGAAGCAAAAAUUCUUGUUUGGCUUGGUGAAGAUUGGCAACCACCAGCGCCUGAACCUCAAUCAGACCCAUCAAUAGAACCAGCUCCAAAUAGUGAUACAAGUACGACAGAAGCAAGUCCUGAAGACAAGCAACAGUAG